AUGGCUAGCCAAGCCAGCGUAGCAAGCAGUCAACCCGAUCCGCGACAAUUGAGACUCAUCGCCGCUUCGGCUCAAGCUAACGAGGCUAGACUUCGCGACAUACUAGCUGAGGACCCUCCCUGGACUUCGAGUACCGAUCAUGACGCGCUCCGCCAAGCUCUUCAGAAAGCCGCGGCGCGCGGCAAGCUCUCCAUCGUCCGCCUCCUACUCGAUCACGGUGCUGAGCUGAAUUCUAGAAAAGAGAAUGAAGUCCCCGCCUUGGUGAAGGCAGCCGAGGGAGGACAAGCCGACAUCGUUGCCGAGCUGCUGAAGCGCGGCGCCGAUCCGAACGCUCGUAAUCGCAACGGGCAGACAGCCCUAUUCAGCGCAUGCUUGAAAGGGUACAACAAGGUGGUCGAGGCUCUACUCCGCGAGAAGGCAAGCGUAGAUGCUCAAGAUAAAGAAGGACGGUCUCCAUUGCUGUUUUUAGCUUCAGAGAAGCCCGGGAAGGGGAAGUGGACUCUCGAGACCUUAAGGCUACUCCUGAAUAGCAAGGCCGACCUAGAAGUCAAAGAUCAGAUUGGGAGGACGCCUCUCCUUUGGGCUGCUACGAAUGGAAAUGUCGAGCUAGCUCACGUCCUCCUAGAGAACCAUGCGCGCGUCGACGUUACGAAUAAUCGCGGGAGAACGCCUUUACAUCUCGCCGCCGAGGGUAGUCAUAAAGAGCAAUCUGAAGCAAUGGUAAAGCUUUUGCUUGACUAUGGAGCUGACCCCGGUGCUGUUAGUGAUGGCGGUUGGACGCCUCUCCACAAUGCUGCUCAAAGUGGCUAUGCGCCCAUUGUCGCGCUGCUGCUUGACACCGAAGCCAAUGUAAAUGCUGUGCUCUCGAAUGGGAUGACGCCUCUACAUUGGGCUGCGUUUAAUGGCUGUGAGGAAGUCGUACAACUUAUAUUGACUCGACCUGACGUAAACUUGUCUAUUAAGGAUAGCUUUAACCGAACAGCUAUGCUGUGCGCCGCCGAGAAGAACCAUCCCGAGAUUGUCCAGUUGCUUUCGCCUGCACGCGGCGCUGAUCGAUUACCCCCAGUCGCGCAACAAGCCUGUCGGGCUUUCGAGGCUACCGUUGUAGACUUUGGCCAAUUCGAGAAGAAACAGCUCGUCUCCAAAUAUUCCGUGUACGAACUCCUGUACGGCUGGGAUCACGAGAAUGACAAGCCGAAGGUUCCUACUCUGACGAAGAACAUCAAGUAUAAGCCGGAUUUUCGGUGGAUCCAUCUGCCUGCAAAUAAUAUAGCAUGGGUCGAGACCCUCCUUGCCAAAUCCUUCAUCGAGGCGGGGCACCGGGAUAUCGAAGCCUUCAAGGCGCUGGAGAAAUGCUUCGACCAGGAACAUCAGGGCCAACUUGCACAUGCUCACUUCAUGAGGACGUUUUCUAACCGCAUUACUUCGCCUCGGGCUGGUCUUCAAGAUAAAAGAGAUGAUAAAUCGUCUCUGGCCCCAUUAUCCGAGGAACUGUCGGAUGUUAGCGCUGCAUCAACUCAAACCACUGGCGGUGGAGGAGAUUCCCCCAAAAAGCCAGGUGAUCAUUUUGACGACGACGUAACUACUAAAAAGAAGAGCAAGUCUGAACAAAUUGCCGAGAGGCAUCCUAAGAAGCAUAAGCGAGCCAAAGGCCCUCCCGGCAAUCCGCCUCAGAGGCAAGAUAGCUUCGCAAGCAACCUAAGCGGCAAAUUCCAAGCUCCGCUCGCUUGGGAGACUCAUAGAUUCGCAGCUUCGAGCGGUAAAAUAGUAUUAUUUAUGCCAUUCUUACACUACGAGACAGACGAGCGGCGACGAAAGAUGAGUAAGGCGAUCAAAAACGUUUAUGAAGACCGGCAAAUCUUGGACAACUCUUCUAGGGAUUCUCUCAUCGUCAACGCGUACUUGAAAAGCGAACCGCGCCUCCAUCCGCGUAGGACGCUCGACCAGUUCUUCUACCACGGUAUCGACACGUCAGCAAGAGAUACGGAUCAGGUUGUUUACCGGUAUUGUAAGAGACACAAUAAAGAACCUAAAGUGUUCAUGGUUGAUCAAUUGUGGCUUUGGAUCCUCGGAAAGGAUCUUGUCAUUACGUGCUUCCCGCAGCGUUGGGAUCAGCCUAAACAGGAUCCUUUGAAUGUUCUGGACGGCAUCAUCGAGGAGACAAAUGCUAAAACUAGACCACCGAUUGGCUCUGUGUGCCGCUGUUCCGGAACUUUCGACCGGCACCGCCUGGACAACCAAGACUUUCAAUUCUUAGACAUGUUCGAAAGCUCCAUCGGCCUCGUGACGGACCGGGAAAGCCAACUCUUCAGCCGCUUCAACCAAGCCUCGGCUCAAUCCGCCCAAUGGCUCCAAUACCACCGUCGCCGACGUAGCCUAGGCCGACUCGCUCGCCUCCCCUCAUUCGGGUCUCCGGACGAGUACCAGGGCAGGGGAAUGGACCAGUUCCCCGACGCGCUGCUCGACAUCGGCGUCGAGACGUCGCUACUCGCCGAGAUCAAAGACAUCCGCGACGAGUUGGGCAUCAUAACCGGCCUACUAGAAGGGCAGCUGUCGACGCUCGACGAGUUCGAGAUGCAGAUCACGGAGGAGCUGCGCAGCAACAGCGGGACGGGGGAGAACCGGCGCGCGGUCGACGUCGCGGUGGCCGAGAUCCGGAAGCGGUCGCGCGAGCAGCUGCGCAGCCUCGAGAUCCGGCGCAAGGACAUCGAGCGCAUGGACCACCAGGCCGAGUCGCUGUACCGCAACCUGACGGACCUGCUGGACCUGAAGCAGAAGCACUCGAACGCGCUCGAGGCGCGGUUCGCGGGCGACCAGGCCGUCAUCGCGGCGAAGCAGGGCCAGACCGUCAUGGUCUUCACCAUCGUCACCAUCAUCUUCCUGCCCAUGAGCUUCAUCGCCGCCUUCUUCGCCAUCAACCUGCAGGAGUGGCAGGACGGGCCACUGACCAUCCCCUACGUGAGCAAGUACAUGUUCGGCAUCGGGCUCGGCGUCAGCCUCCCGCUCAUCGCCAUGGCGUUCACCAUCACCGAUAUCUCGGAUACGGUGAAGGGCGUCUUCGGACGGUGCUUCGGCGCGAGGGAGAGGGCUAAGUGGGAGGCUGAGAAAGAACGACAACGUGAACAUGCACGUGGACGUGGUGUGGAGGAGGAGACGGUUGUCUUACAGCCGAAGACCUCGCUGUCAUCCCAUCGCGUCGGCAGAGAGCAGUUGAUGGACGGCCUGUCCCCGCGCAUAUUGCCUACUAGACAUAGCCGCGAGCGCAGCACCGAUUACUACGCCGCGGCGCGGCUGUCGCCUACCUCGUUCGGCCAAAGGAUAUCUGGCGGGCCGCGGAAGGUCAGCUUCGGCAGCGCGAACGCGGCGGUCUCGUGGGCGCGGCCGAGCCUGGAUAGAAGUCGCAGAGGGAGACUGAGCGAGGAUCUGGAGAAGGGGAGACGGACUUACGCGUAUGAAUGA